GUCGAGGAGGCAGAGAAAGAUGCUCGCGAAGCCCUCCGAGAGGCCAAGGACGAAGCUCGGGAUGGCGACGUGCUCGCCAUCCUCCUGCAGGUUUUCCAGUCCGCCCGCAGCAGCGUCCUGGACUCGGAGGAGGAUCCCACCGACUACACUUGGACUGAGGUGCUCGGCUACUGCAGCCGCCUGUGCGCCUUGUGCGAUCGGAACUUCCUGAGCCUAGCUGGGCAACCUGGCCCGGACGACUUUCCUCUGCGUGUGGUGGCCAGUGUCUAUGCCGAGUGCGGGCGGACAUUGUCUGUGGCGGGUCGCCCUGCGGAAGCACGGAAUCGGCUUGAGAAGGCGCUGAAUGUCUUCCGGCUGAUCUCGGAGCCGACGGAAGAGGAAGCCUGGCUCCUUGCUGGCUGCCGGGCCUCCCUGGCCAGGGCUUUAAGACAGUUGGGGCAACCGAAAAGCGCCCAGGAUGAGUUCCUGCAGGCUUUGCAGCUCAUGGCUGACCUCCCGGAGUCUUAUGAGGUCGCGGAGCUCCUCUCUGAGUACUGCGAGGCCUUGGCUGAGGCGCCCAAAGGGGACCGCCUGGUCUCCUCGGCGCUCCUGGAACUGAUGGCCACGAUGAUGGAGGAGAAGUUUGGUGAGGGGAGCGAAGAGCACAUCCAAGCCCUGCAGGAACUGUCAGCAGCCUGCGUCGCUGCGGAGAAGCCUGCGUUAGCUGCUCCGCUCUUCGUGACGCUGUCCAGGCUACUUCGCGAGUGCUACGGCGACGAGCCGGAUACCUGGGAGAUGCAAGAGUUGCAAGCGGUGGAGGAAAAGGCGGCUCAGUGUCUCGAGAGUGGAGCCGCCGGCCAUAUGAGCGAAGGCGAUCUCGAGGCUGCCGUGGCAUUGUGGUCUCUCGCGCUCCGAAUGCGAGAAGGCCUGGAUGCCGAGGAGGAGGUACUGACGGAGAUGCGCCAUUCGCUGGAUGCCUUGAAGCAGGCGGCUGCUGCGGCAGCCGCAAGCGAAGCUGGAGGUCCAGGGAGCACUGUGGCGCCCGAGGACGCCCAACAAACUGAAGCCUCCGACCCGCUGGAGACCUCAAAGGACUGGCCUGUGGAUGAAGGCGUUGAUGUGAGCCAAUGGAACGUGCUGCUGCACUGUUGA